CUCAGUGUGUCAUGUCGUUAACGAGCGGUAUUUAAUUCCGGUUCUUAUUAAAUCAACCAAUUCCAAUAGAACAAGAUACAAAAACGUUACAGACUAAAGUCUAAAAACUGAAACAUCAUCUUCUAAACAACUAGUGUCUAUGUGUGUGUGCGUGUGUGUUUAGUGAUUCAUAUUUAGAAGAAAUCUCUUAAAAAUUGAUCAUGAGUUUGCCGUCGGGUGUGGAUAUGCAGAAUCUCAUGUCACAGCAUCCCGUUUUGGGUGCACUGCCGCCUGCAUUUUUUCUACGUGCUGCCUCCGAACGCUAUCAACGUACACCAAAAUGUGCUCGCUGUCGUAAUCAUGGCGUGGUGAGCGCUUUGAAGGGCCACAAACGUUAUUGCCGCUGGCGGGAUUGUGUUUGCGCCAAAUGUACUCUAAUUGCCGAACGUCAACGUGUUAUGGCUGCUCAGGUAGCCUUGCGACGUCAGCAGGCACAGGAGGAGAAUGAAGCCCGUGAAUUGGGUUUGCUUUAUACUUCGGUACCCGGUUCGGGUCAGCAACAGAAUGGAAGUGAUAGUGUCACACCAACACCUCUUAGUCCCAAUGGAAAUGUUAUCGGUGCUGGCCAGAAUGGUGUAUUCCAUGCUGGUAUACCAUCGCCACCCAGCGACGGCUUUGACAGCUCUUCCGCAGGCAAUCCCAGUCACCAUCAGUCCCAGCAGCAACAACAACAACAGCAGCAGCAACAGCACCAACAACAACAACACCAACAGCAACAACAACAGCAUCAUCAGCACCACCAGCCACAGCAACAGCAACCACAUCAGCAUUACAAUGGCAAUGAAUCCGACACGGAUGGACGCACAAGAUCCGAGCAUUUGAGCGUUGGCUUCUCACCCACACGCACGGAAUUGGACGAGAGUCCCGUUUCCAAACGCGGUGCAGCGUUAUCGAAUGAAACCGACCAGGAUACAGGUUCGGAGUCCGGCUCACCCAGCAGCCCAAGGCCCAAAGUGGCGGGACUUUUUAACUUAACCUCUAGUCUGUCGCCCGCCCGCACUGGACCGCCCAGUUCACCGGAAUCGGAUCUGGAUGUGGAUUCAGCGCCAGAUGAGGCCACGCCCGAGAAUCUAAGCCUUAAAAAGGAAGAUAGUCAAUCGCCACCAAACACACCCGCCGAAAAUCUGCAUCUGUUGCGCUCGUUUGGCAAUGGACAUGCCCAGGGCUUUAUGCCCUAUCAUCAUUCACAAUUUCUGGCCGCUGCUGCUGGCCUGCCCGCCCAUCAUCCGCCAACACAUUCCCCGCUGCAACAACAACAACAACAGCAGCAACAGCAUUUGGGCCAACAUCCUCAGGUUCAGCAGUCACAGCAACAACAACAACAACAGAGAUCCCCCAUCGAUGUCCUGAUGCGAGUGUUUCCCAAUCGACGACGCAGCGAUGUGGAACAAUUGAUGCAACGUUUUCGUGGCGAUGUCCUCCAGGCCAUGGAAUGUAUGUUAGCUGGCGAGGAUCUAGGUCAGACAUCACCCCAAGUUCCACCAUCACCGCCCUUUCCCAUGAAGUCGGCAUUUUCACCGCUUGUUCCGCCCGCUGUGUUUGGUUCGCCCACGCAUCGCCAUCAUCCCUUUAUGCAGGCCCAUGCCAAACGAUUUCUAUCCGCUCCCUACGCCGGCACGGGUUAUUUGCCCGGCGUACUAAGUGCCGCGGAUAUCGAACAAUCAGAAUCGAAUGGAGCCGGCGGCAUUGCCUUGGAUCGCAGCAGUAGCAAUGCGGGUGACUCUCAGGAUUGAGUGGAGGCCAAUUGUAAUAAUGCGGUCUUCAGGCCAUUCGAAUAGAUAAGGAAUCCACCCCUGUUACCCUUAAAUCUUCAUAUCCAUAUCGUCUUAGCCUAGAAAUGGAUUUCUUUUCCUAUUUUUUUUAGUGUUUAAGUCGCAUCAUACUUUCUCCUUCUCUCUCCCUGUCUCCGUUUCUCUCUUGCCUCUUCUAAUAUUAAGUCUAAUCUAUUAUUCUAGUUAUGCGUAAAUUGUAAAUUAUAUGUGUAUGUAUCUACAGCAUUUCUAGAUCAAGUAUUGUAUUAUAUGACACCAUCGCCCAAGCCCAGUUAAGAAUGAAUCUUAAGAUUUAGCU